GACGCGGGAAGGGACACACUCUCUUGAAACUCCUGGAAGUAGAAAAGCAUGGCUGUAACUGGGGAUGACACAGAAACAGGCUCUGCAGGUGAGCUCACUGGCACCAGCUCCAUCCUCACGCUGGCUGUGGCACAGACCAGCACUCACAGCUCUCAGAAGCCUUCCGAGGAUGUGUCACAGAAGAGGGAACAGCGCUUGAUGAAGAAUAGGGAAGCUGCCCGGCAGUGUCGACGAAAGAAGAAAGAGUAUGUUAAAUGCCUGGAAGAUCGUGUGGCGGUGCUCGAAAAUCAAAACAAGACUCUGAUUGAGGAGCUUAGAGCCAUGAAAGACAUCUAUCGACACAAAAUGGAGUGAUCUUUUUCCUCUGGAAGAUGGGAAGAAAAGAAAGGACGAACAUCCACAAAACCCACUGUAAAAAACUUGUGCCAAACAAACCCCCAAAUCCCUGUUGUUUCAUUUGUGUGAUUUCAGUGUUUCUCUCACAUACCAACAUCAGCUAACACAACAUGUCACUCUUCAAGAUCAUGUGUGUUGAAAGAAGGAUGAGAAAGAAUGAACCAUGCAAAGAUUCAAUUGUUUGGAAAUGUUCCUUGCCUGUGAUUGGCUGGCGACCAGAUCAGGGUUUACCCUGCCUCCCGCCCGAAGCUAGCUGGGAUAGGCUCCAGCACACACGUGACCCUUGUGAGGAUAAGCGGUACAGAAAAUGAAAUGUUCCUUGCAUCCACA